CUCUGCCUCCUCCAAGAUGGCCGGCAAUGGGCUGAUAGUGGAGGGCAGAGUGAGUUUGCUGAGUUUCUUGCUCGGGGUAUCGGUCAUCUGGCUGCCGUUCAUCACCAGCAGGUACACGGAGCCGGGGGAGACUUUGCUGGGCGGCCCGCCGGGGAGGAUCACGCUGCUCGUGUUUGUAGCCCUUGUGAACGGGAUCCUACUGCUGCUCUACCGGGCUCAUCUCUACCAGGUCGCCAUCCGAGCUGCCUUCUUAGGCUUUGCGUUUGGUUGUGGCUUAUUGGUGAGCAUCACACAGUCACCAUGGAGGCACUUUGGGUGGUACAUGUGCUCGCUCUCAUUCUUCCACUACUCCGAAUAUUUAAUAACUGCGAUGAACAACCCUAGAAGCCUGUCUCUGGACUCCUUCCUGCUGAACCACAGUCUGGAAUAUACACUGGCCGCCAUCUCCUCCUGGGUAGAAUUCGCUAUAGAGCAAACCAUUUAUCCAGAAAUGAAGCAGAUCACGUGGCUGAGCGUCAUCGGGCUGUUCAUGGUUCUCUUCGGGGAGGCCCUGAGGAAAUCUGCUAUGCUCACAGCCGGAUCCAAUUUCAAUCACAUUGUACAAAAUGAGAAAUCUGAAACGCACACUCUGGUGACCAGUGGUGUUUACGCCUGGUUCAGGCACCCGUCCUAUGUAGGCUGGUUCUACUGGAGCAUUGGGACCCAGGUUCUGCUGUGUAAUCCAGUCUGCCUAUUUGGCUACACUCUGGCAUCCUGGAGGUUUUUUCGUGAGCGAGUCGAGGAGGAGGAAUUUUCACUAAUUCACUUCUUUGGGCAGGAGUACGUAGAUUAUAAGAGGAAUGUUCCCACAGGCUUGCCGUUUAUAGGCGGAGUCAAGGUGGAGCCAUAAGGUGGCGGUACAGCACAUGGUGAUGCACUUACCUGCACUGAGGAUUCACGUGGCAGCUUCUAUCCUAGAGACCAGCACAUGAGGCGGAGAACGAUUAGAAGCCGAACUUACAGUCCUUUUCUUUAAAUCGUGAGGAUUCAUUAAGGGCUAUGAAGAUUCAGUCCACAUGGAGUAGAUUUAUUUUUUUUGGGACUGGGGGGUUCGAACUUUAUUGGUCUGAAUAGUCCUUUCUGGAAUCCUAUAUAAUACAGGGAGGGGUAACAACUUUUUUUUUUUUACAGAACAUUUUUAUAUAAAUAUUUAAAGGACAUUGGUCUGUAUGGAUGAAACACCUUCUUCUAUCUAGAUCAUUCAUAUGCAUGGACGUUACACGUCAGCUCUACAGGCACACGUGAACACGCCUCAGUCCGGGGACGUGGCCGACACGAUGCACACAUGGCUCUUCACUUCUAGUGGCCAAUUCUGUGCACUGUCUAUAUACAUUCCUCAGACCUGAAGCAAGCGUAGACCUGGUGUAACUCUUCUCCAAGAGAAAAACAGGUUGUGUUCAAUUAUUGCAUAAUAACACAUUUGGAUUGGAUUUAGAUCAUAGACCCUUCCCCCGCAAAGAUCACACACCCUUUCUGAUUACUCCCUGCACAGCUAUGCUUCUGGCCAUCUAAUGUGCAGGGAACAUCGACGCCGCUUCAUUCAAGUGAAUGGUGCUGGUGUACUUGCCGUGAGUGAAUGGGAAUACCAUUGUGCAGGGAAAUAAUAAUGUAAAUGGUAGGUAAAGGGUUAUUCCCUAGGCUAUACCAUCACUCUGUGGUAGGGGCCCAAUUUCUGGGUCUCCCACCAAUCCUGAGAAUGAAGGGACAGCAAUGCUGAUUUAGCGCUGGGACCCCUUCUAAGUUUUGCAAAAACAGUCUCUCCCCCCCCCCCCCCCAGCUGCUAGGCUGUGCAGGCACCCGCCACUCUAAUAGGGGCCCGUCUGCAGUUCUCUGCUCUCAGCACCUGCUGCUGAUUGGGUGUAAGAUAUUGCAGUGAUUAAUUUGAUUUCCUAUAAAGCUUGACAGAUUUGUGCGCAGGGUGCUGCAGCACAGGACGUAGCCACCGAGGGAUGUGGAAAGAGCAGGACACCUCUGCAAUAAAAAUGUUAUUGACCACACAGGGUUUUCUAGGCGCCUGACAUUGAUGAAAUAUCCUAAGGAUAGGUCAUCGGUAUCCACCAAGUCAGGGUCUGACUCUGCACCCAUACCGAUCAGCGUUCAGCACUGGAGGUAGAAGCGGAGUGUAGUUACUGCAGCACAACCCUGCACGGACUGGAUAUUGAUGACUUAUCCUGAAAAUACUUAAUGAAUACCAGGAGGAGCCUGGAAAACCCCUUUUAAAGGGCAUCUGUCAGCAGAUUUGUACCUAUGACACCGGCUGACCUGUUACAUGUGCGCUU